AUGUCUCAGCAAAAUAAUGAUUUGGCCUAUGGUGGCUAUUAUGAAGCCGAGCGGGGAUCCGAUGGCUCCAGGGGUCUGAGCGAUACCUUCAAGAAGUUCCGCGACACUUACGGCAGCUACUCGGGUUCUUCAAACCAGGGCCAUGAGCAGUACCAGAAUCAAAACCAAAGCCCGAACCAGAACCAGAACCAGGGACAGAACCAAGCCCCGCAGUACGGAUACAAUGACCAGAAUGCUCCCCCUCCAAACCAGUAUCAACAAAGACCUCACAAGGAAGAUAAAAUUGGUGGGUUCUUAGAUAAGAUCCAAGACGUUGUAACAAACAUUGGCUCCGAGUUUGCCACAAAGCUGGGUACUGCUGUUGAUCCACAGGCCUAUGCGCAAUAUGGUACCGGCGGCAAGCCAGCAACCGAGAACCGUUUUGGAAGCUUCGCCCCUCCUAGAGAGCACAACGAUGUGAAGUGGUAUGUCGAUGGAUGCAACUACUUCUGGGCUGUGUCUCGAGCUUUGGAAACUGCCCGGGAGUCCGUCUGGAUUCUGGAUUGGUGGCUGUCUCCUGAGCUCUACCUGCGUAGACCUCCUGCCAAGAAUGAACAAUAUCGCCUCGACCGGAUGCUGCAGGCUGCGGCUCAGCGCGGUGUGAAGGUCAACAUCGUCGUGUACAAGGAAGUGCCCCAGGCUGUAUCCACUUGCUCUGAACACACUAAGAAGGCAUUGGAAAGCUUGCACCCAAACAUUGCUGUCUUCCGUCACCCUGACCACAUUCCAGUCCGCCAGGAGGUGGAAUCUGAUAUUGCUGACUCUCUGCAGCACAUGUCACUUCACUCAGGAAAUCUAGCCAAAAUGUCUGGAGAUGCUUUGAAAGCCAUCUACGGUAUCAACGAUGAUGUUGUUCUGUUCUGGGCUCAUCAUGAAAAGCUCUGCAUGAUCGAUGGCCAGAUUGCAUUCAUGGGUGGCCUUGACCUGUGCUAUGGCCGUUGGGACACGCACCAACACUCGAUCUCCGAUGAACAUCCCUCUGAUGCCAGCGAGAUUGUCUUUCCAGGACAGGAUUACAACAACUCCCGAGUUCUUGAUUUCCAAGAUCUCGCCAACUGGCAAAACAACAAGCUGGAUCGGAAAGAAAUCUCCCGCAUGGGAUGGUCUGAUAUCUCCGUCAGCCUGCGUGGUGCAGUUGUAGAGGACCUGCGUCGGCACUUUGUUGAGCGCUGGAACUUCAUCUAUGACCUGAAGUACAAGGCCGAGAAUAAUACCAGAUAUGGAAGAAUUGAGCUCUAUGGACGGCCAGGAUCAGCAAACCUAUAUCCUUCAGGAUACGCGAGCCCGCAGAACCCUCAACCACCAUCCCAGCAAUACCCUCCUCAGGUUGGAGGCGUUCCAGGAGUGCCAGGCGUGUCUACUUAUCCACCCCCUCCUAGUCAGACGCAGAUCCCACAACAGCCUGCUUCGUCCUACCAGACGUAUCACGCUGAAACACCGCCACCGUAUCAAGGCAAUACAUCCAGUUACCCAACCCAUGAAAAGCCUGCUGCCAACUACCAGGCUUCCUCUCCUGCUUACCCAAGUCAGGCUCCCACUCAAUACACUUACACUGGAAAUUCAUUCCCACCGCCUCCUCCCGGUGCCCCUCCUGCUGCGUCGCCUUCCAGCGAACCUUAUCAAAUCCAGCAACAGGGACAGUCUUCUUACUACCCAUCGGCUCCUACUCAGCAUUCUGAUAGCUCAGACUACCAAGGACAGGGUCAGACUCAGGCACAGUCAUCCUACUACCCUGCAGCACAAGAUCACUCACAAGGUCAAGGCUCUUAUUACCCCUCUGCAGGUGAACAACAUCAAACUGCUACUCGUGGACUUGGAGAUAAUCAGUAUGAAAGUGAUCGAAGCUUUGUACCGCGUCGUAUCCAGGAAAACCUUUCCAGCCUUCGCGGCCAACUGGCUGGUCAAAUUCACCAGUACCAGGAUCGUCUGACCACCUACGGCCGUCCAGGCUCUGCUCAGACACAUGGCAACAUCUCAUGCCAAAUUGUGCGUAGUUGUGCUAAGUGGAGCAACGGCUCUCCCGUAGAGCACUCGAUUGCCGAUGCGUAUGCUGCGAUCAUCAAGAACAGCGAACGGUUCGUUUACAUUGAAAACCAGUUCUUCAUCACGGCUACUGGCAACUCACAGGAACCUGUGAAGAACCAGAUCGGUGCUGCGAUCGUGGAGCGUAUUCUGCGCGCUGCUCGGGCCGGCGAAAAGUACAAGAUUAUGGUUGUGAUCCCAUCUGUGCCUUGCUUUGCCGGAGAUCUCAGAGAUGAUUCUAUGCUGGGUACUAGAGCAAUCAUGGAAUUCCAGUACAACUCGAUUAACCGCGGUGGCCACAGCAUCAUGGAGCUUAUCGCCAAGGAAGGCUUCAAUCCGAUGGACUACAUUCGGUUCUACAACCUUCGUAACUACGAUCGGAUUAACAACACUGGUGCCGUACCUCCCGUUAACACUACAGCUCCUGAUGGUUAUGCCCCGAACGCUGGCCACAGUUCUUUCGAUACCUCUGCCACCUACCAGCAAAGCCCAUCAGCUGCUUACCCUGCAAAAGCUGCUGGCCCUGGUAAUUGGGACAGUGUUAGCUCGUGCUAUAUGCUUGGCGGAGAAGAUAUCCGCAAUGUUCCUUGGACCGGCCACCCUGAUGCGGAGAUUGAUGCAUUUGUGAGCGAGGAGCUCUACGUUCACUCCAAGGUUAUGAUUGCGGACGACCGGGUGGUGAUCUGCGGAUCUGCAAACCUGAACGACCGCUCGCAGCUUGGCGAUCACGACUCCGAAAUUGCCGUGAUCAUCGAGGACUUCAACCCGGUGCACUCCAGAAUGAACGGCCAGCCAUGGACAGCUAGUCGCUUUGCCACCUCCCUGCGCCGCGAGCUGCACCGUAAACACCUUGGACUUCUGGCUCCUCAAGACUACUCUCGACCUGAGCAGAACAGCGAGCCCGUUGGGGUACCGAACCAGUGGGACUUCGACUCUCCCGAAAGCCAGAUCGUUUCCGACCCGCUGUCAGAUACGUUCCAAAGCCUUUGGAACUCCCGCGCGCGCAACAACACUGAGGUGUUCCGCAAGGUCUUCCGCGCCGUUCCAGAUGACAGUGUGCGCAAUUGGUCCACCUACAAGGAACUCUACGAGUACUACUUCCACAAGGCAGACGAUGAGGCAGGAGGCGACACUGGAUUUGGCCCGAAGGCCCGAUACCAAUGGGGCCAUGUGGUGCGUGAUGACUUUGCGCCCGGUCCCGACGGAGUCAAGCAGGUUAAGGAACAUCUCAGUCAGGUCAAGGGAACUCUUGUCGAGAUGCCUUUGAUGUUUUUGAUUGAGGAAGACGUUGCCAAGACCGGUUUGGCUUUGAAUGACAUCACGGAACCGAUUUACACUUAA